AGUUAGUUUGACCUGGACCUUAACCCGACCCGACCUAAUAGAAUCCAAACUGCAUCUAGAUGGUUGGGUCGAGGUCAAGUGACCUAGAUCGACCUGUUGGAUCCAUCAUCUGGGUCCAGACCCUAACCCGAUUGGGUCAUCCCCUCAGGCCCCAUGGGUCAAACCAUUUCCCACCACUAGUGCAGAUCUCUCUCUUACAUAUGUUCAUAGAGUUAAAUCUGUGCAAUCUUUUGUUGAGUGGAUAAGAGGACACACACCCACUAAGAGCAUGUAACUAUUGUUUGAAAACUAAUGGGAAUUGGAUCAAGGCUGAGAGUGAUUAGUAGCUGACAUUAACAACACUGCAAAGUUUUUAAAAACAAUUUCUUUGCCGAUUGUGAUUACUAGGGUCUCUUUGUACAUUCCUUUCUCCUACUGGCAGCUCUCUUCCUCUUAGAUCUCAAUACUGUAAUCUCCCUGUUUGUUUAUUACCUUUCUUCUCGCAGUGGUCUUAGAUCUCUCUCUCUCUCUCUCUCUCUCUCUCUCUCUCUCUCUCUCUAAUCUGGGAAUGCUUAGAGAGAGAGUGUGAACCCUUUCAUCAGGCGUUCCUCCACAAGCCGUCCCAAACUAAAACCUCUCUCCAAUCCCUUCACUUCAGCUUUCUCUCUCAUGGCUAGAAAACCCAUCUCACAAGCUAACCGUGAUCACAGCGCCAAUUGGGGAACAUGCCAAACGAAUUUUGCAAUUGCAGAGCUCGCAAAAGAAGGAAAAAUCAAUGAAGCUCGUAAACAAUUCGAUAGAUUGCUACACAAAGAUAUAAUUUCAUGGACCUCGAUUAUCUCUGCUUAUAUCAAGUGUAAAAUGAUCCGAGAAGCUCGUCAAUUAUUCGAUCGAUCGCCCCAUAAAAAUGUUAUCACUUGGACUGCUAUGCUGUCAGGUUAUAUUCGAACAAACCAAAUUCAUGAAGCCGAGAAGCUCUUUCAGCAAAUGCCAGAUAAAAACAUUGUUUCUUGGAACACCAUGAUCUUGGGUUACACCCAAAAUAACAGAAUUUGGUGCGCUUAUAAGCUUUUUGAGCAGAUGCCCCAGAAAAAUGUGGUUUCAUGGAACACCAUGAUCACAGCUCUGGCUCAAAAUGGAGAGAUAGAAGAAGCCAUUAAGCUUUUUAACAAGAUGGGUAAUAGAGAUGUGAUUACUUGGACAGCAAUGGUAACUGGACUUGCUAAAAAUGGAAUGGUCGAUGAGGCUCGAAAGCUCUUCGAUACCAUGCCUGAGAAGAAUGUGGUUUCUUGGAAUGCCAUGAUAGCUGGUUAUGUGCAAAAUUCUCAAUUAACAGAAGCUCAAUCCCUGUUUAAUGAGAUGCCGGAGAGAGAUAUAGCUUCAUGUAAUAAUAUGAUAACUGGGUACAUACAAAAUGGGAUGCUCGACAAUGCCCGCCACCUUUUUAGAGAGAUGAGAGAGAGGAAUGUGGUUUCAUGGACUGCAAUGAUCACUGGUUUUGCUCAGGCUGGUGAGAAUGAGAAGGCAAUCAAAACCUUUGCAAGGAUGCGUCGAGCCCAAGUGAACCCAAACCGUGCCACCUACAUGAGCCUGUUAAGCUCAUGCGGGUGCAUGGCCGGCUUAGACGAAGGGAAACAAGUGCACCAACUCAUAAGCAAGACGCAUUGGCAUGAAGAUGUGUAUGUACAGAGUGCGUUAAUCAGCAUGUAUGAGAAGUGUGGUCAAAUCGAUUUAGCAAAAGAAAUCUUCGAUUGCACGAAGAAAAAGGACGUCAUCUCAUGGAAUGGCAUGAUAGCUGCUUAUGCCCAUCAUGGCAUGGGGCUCGAAUCCAUUCGAUUGUUUGAGGCAAUGCGAUCUCUCGGGUUUGAACCUGACGAUGUCACCUAUGUUGGAGUCUUAUCAGCAUGUAGCCAUUCAGGGCUGGUUACAGAGGGACUCGAAUACUAUGAUUCUAUGGUAGAGACAGGAAAUGUGCUGGUGAGAGAAGAGCAUUAUGCUUGUGUGGUUGAUCUCUUGGGCCGAGCUGGAAGGCUCGAAGAGGCAGUGAGCUUCAUUCUUGAUUUAAAAAAUAGGCCUGGUGCUUGCAUUUGGGGUGCAUUGCUUGGGGCCUGUAGUGUGCAUGGUGAUGUGAAAAUUGGGGAAUUCGCAUCCAAGAGGCUCAUAGAGAUAGAGAGAGAAAAUGCGGGGACAUAUAUGCUUUUGGCCAAUAUAUAUGCAACAGUGGGGCGGUGGAGAGCGGCAGCGGGGGUGAGGUUAAAGAUGAGAGAGGAAGGGUUGAAGAAGCAGCCUGGUUGCAGUUGGAUUGAGGUGAAAAAUAGAGUGAAUGUGUUUGUUGUGGGGGAUAAGUCUCAUGAGAAGGCUGAGAGGAUUUAUAGCUUGCUUAAAGGUUUAUAUAGGCACAUGAUGCGGGCUGGGUACGUACCUUCUUUCCUACCAAAAUUCUAAAGUGAAAGACUGACUGACGAUCCAUUUA